GCGUAGUGACAGCGAAUGUCAUUUAGAUGUCACUCCCCCGCUAUAAAAAUUGUUGAGUAGAAAACAGAUAAAAUUACUAAUUUUGACCCAAUUUAAUCAGAUAAUAUCCGAAUUAACAUAAAAAUCGGCUACGUUAGAUGUGAUAAUAAUAAGUUUAGACUCAUCAUCUACCUGACAAUCAAAAAAAUGCCCAAUAUAUCUAAGAAAGCUAAAGAAAAGUGCCUCAAAACUUUCGGAGAGCAUCGCACGUUUUUAUCGAGGAUAACGAAAACAUUGUAUUACGGAAAACUUCCAACCACAGAUAGACUUAGUUUUCCUGUAACGGAAUUUGCAACUGAAUUAUUUUCUGAGGCCAAGAAAGGAGCUUCCUUAGAACGUUUACAUUACAACGAUGCUGCUACAAUAUCCAGAAACGCUUGCGUCUCCCCUUGCUCGUUUAUAUUGGCGAUGUUAUAUUUGGAACGGUUAAAAAGUUGUAAUCCUGAAUAUUUACAAAAAGUUGCACCAUCUGAAUUAUUUUUGGUUUCAUUAAUGGUUUCAAGCAAAUUUCUUUUCGAUGAUGGUGAAGAUGAUGAAGUUUUUAUUGACGAAUGGGCUUUAUCUGGUGGGGUUACUAAAAAAGAUCUUGUUAAACUUGAACAGGAAUUCCUCAAAGCAAUAGAUUGGAACAUUUUCGUAAAUGAAGUAACAUUUUGGAAAAAACUUGGUGAACUGGAACGAAUUUUAGCAAAGAAAGAGGGUAAAAUCCGUGGUUGGUUUACCUACACAGAAUUGUGUAAUCUUUCGACGAAUUUUGACACUUACUCGCUUUAUAACUAUUUGUUUUCUUUAUCUAUGGUUUUAAUUGUAACAUAUACAGCUGGAAUUUUAACAAUCGUUGGGGCAAUGUUUAUUGUUAGCCACAUACCAGGAAAUUGUUUGAGACCUCUGCAACCUAUACAAGAAGCCGAAAACAAUUUAAUUACAAAUAAUAGUGUAAUUAUAAACACACCAAUUAAAUACGAACUAACCAAGUUCGUAAAUAAUAAACAUUCAGUUGAUGUCGUUAAUGUAUUAAAGGCGGGAUUAAUUUUGGCAUCAAUAAAGACAUCUUAUUAUUCUCACACUAACGAUUCGUUUUGUUGCGACACCAAUAACGAAAUAAAUGAAGAUAAUAAAGAGUUUAUUUCGUGGGAUUGGUGGAAUAAUCCGACGAUGGACUGGUUAACAAAGAUUUCGGAAAAUGCUCAAAGCUUUGUUUUGUUUACUGUCAAUUUAAAAAUUUUUAAUUACGAUUAUUCUGAUGUACAAAUAUCAAAUUCGAAGGUAAUGGAAUUGCGGGAUCAUAUUCAUAAGGGAACCGCAACUCGAAUUCAAGAUCAAUUGGAACGAUCUUGGCAUAAAGAAUGGACGGAUGUGUUGAAAGGCGGGUUUAAUCAAAAAAUGUUUAAUAAUUAUAUGAAGAAUUUAAAAGUUUAAUUCUUUCUUUAAUAAUACGAAAUAAA